CAUGCUACAAGAAAUCAACAACAAGAAAUUAAUAAAAACAUUCUUGAAAAUCAUGAUUUGACAAGUGAUCAAAGAAAGAAUAUAAUCUGAAUAUGGAGAAUUAUACAGAAAAUAACACGCAAAAUUACAGUGAUGCAGAAAGUGGGCAAGUGGCACCAAUUCCCAAGAAAGAAGUACCAGUAGCAGAUGGAAUCAAAAUAAUUGACUGUCGACCUUUAUUUAGAAAAUUUGGCAUACGGAAAUUACCAUUUCGUUAUGCAUGGUUUGUCACUGAUGUAUGUGGGAUAGUUUGUGCUGUAUUAACUUGGUUACUAAUAUUAUAUUCUCAAUAUGUUGUGAUAUUUAUCAUCUUAUUACCACAUCAAAACAAAGCUCAUAAGGUUAUUCAUGGAUUCUUCUUUUUAUUCUUCUCCUUUCUGGCUGCAGCAUCUCAUCUAAGAACAAUGUUUUCAGAUCCGGGAUCCAUCCAGAAGGGAAAUGCUACAAGAGAAAAUAUUUUAAGAUUAGGGUUAAAAGAAGGUCAAGUUGUAUAUAAAUGUCCAAAGUGUAUAAGUAUCAAACCUGAUAGAGCUCAUCAUUGUAGUGUUUGUCAAAGAUGUAUUAGAAAAAUGGAUCACCAUUGUCCAUGGGUGAAUAACUGUGUUGGGGAAACUAACCAAAAAUACUUUGUUUUAUUCACUUUUUAUAUAUGUUUCAUAUCAAUAUAUGCACUGUUUUUAUCCAUAAACCAUUUUAUAACAUGCUUAGCUAAAGAUUGGAAAGAAUGUUCUGGUGCCUCUCCCCCUGCUACCACAGUUUUUUUGAUAUUUUUGAUAUUUGAAGGGUUAUUAUUUGGUAUAUUUACUGCUAUUAUGUGUGCUACUCAGUUACUAUCUAUCAUAUCAGAUGAAACCGCUAUAGAACAGUUAAAGAAAGAACAAGCAACAUGGCAGAAGAAAUCCUCCUGGUUGAGUAUAAAAUCUGUAUUUGGCCAUCCGUUUAGUUGGAGAUGGUUUUCACCAUUUGAUCAACCUAAAUUUGUUUAUCAACAUUCUUUUAUGUAUUCUGUCUGA